GUAUGGAAAGUGAAAGCUAUGAUUGUGUAAAAGGCAAGAACUUAGGACAGUGGUUGACAUUGGUCUCUCUGACUCGGAGACAUGAGUGCCGGCUUCGAGCUGGGACCUUUGACUGAGGAUGAAGACAGGAUGGUGUUGGAGGCUCAGUUCAGAACUUUAAGCAUUCUGGAAGAUGCACUGAAGAAGACGAGGUGGCUUCUGGCAGAACCAGGGAGAGACUAUGGUUUGCAGGCAAGGAACGUUCCAUUGAUUUCCCCAGAGCUGGUAGAAGAUCUUAUACAGACUCUGCAGCAAUUCGAGUUUCUCAAAUAUGAAAAAACAAAGUAUGAAAUUGGUAUUGGUGCCCUCUACCCAGCGUCAAGUUUUCCUGUCAUUGGCUUAUGCUCAGAGUUUUGGCAAAGACAUGAGAAUCUGAGCUUCUGCUCCCGUCCGGGGUCAUUAAUCAAGACAGGAGCACAUAUCCUGGGGUACCAUGAUUCUGAUAAGUUCUGGAUGGAAGGAAAUCAGAGACCUGUUCUCGGGGCCAGUCGUAUCUCUGAGGCAUUUGAAGUCUGGAUGAGACACAAAGGAGAAUAUGUCAAUGGUUCUUUUGUCUGUUGUGGUGAGAAGUCUAUACAGUCUGUCUGUGAGAACUCUGAUAUGAGGUUUGCUCUACAUUGUACACUGAAUGAAGAGCAGAAGGAUCUUGCGGAAACCACUAGAAAGGCAACUCUGACAAUCCUGUAUGAUGCCCUGAACAAGGAACUCAUUGUGGAUGAUUCACAUCUGAUACACCUACAGGGAUGUGCGGUUAUGUUACCCUUGAUCCCCCAGACCCUUCUGGCAAAACUAAUAAUGAAAUUGGAAAAGGUAACAUUUAAAUGUGACAGUAGGCCAAGACAUGAAGCAAUCUUCGCCUAUCCUGGAGGCAAGGCACAGGACGUCAUAUAUCUCUGCCCUUUGUUCUGGUUACAAAAUGAACGGCUGCGUAACGGGUCUCGCAUUGGAACAUUGAUUCUCUGUGUAUCACAAAUGUUGGGUUACAGACAUGUCCUUGAUAGGACAAGUAACCCUGAAGAACCCACAGGGCCUCAGGAUCCACAUUUAUUGACAGCUGAUGACAUUUGUUCUGCAUUUGAGUGUUGGAUGAUGCAUCGGGAACCAUACACCGAGGGUUCCUACUGCUGCUGUGGGGAAAAUAAUGAAAUCUCUGUGUGCAGGAAAUCUAUAAUGGGGACAGAAUUAAGACAGUGUUUGCGGGAAUAUUUAGCAUAAUAGAUGAGGCAGGCACUCUUUAUUACAGGGACAUAGACUAAUGAAGAUGUCAUAGAUCAUAGAGUUAAAAGGGUACUCCGGUGGAAACCCUUUUUUUUUU